UUAGCUUUUUACUGAAGAUUUUCGGAUGGGAUAUUUUUAUUAUCAAUUACAAAAACUGACUAGUGGAAUUACAUUUCUGAGCAGAUAUCAUCUUGAACUGGAAAAGUUUGAGUAAUUUUACGUGGGUAGACUUUAAAUGUCCGUCCAAUAUAUACUAUAAUUGGCACAUGAUGUAAUCGUUAUUGAAAAACAAAUGUUAUCGUUUUUAUUUUGUACGAAGUUAUCAAAAAUUCUAAUUUUUUUCCACUCAUUCUCAAGCCGAGACGAGUCGUAGUGUUAUGCAAGCAUAUAAAUAAUUCCUAAGCGAAAAUAAAUAUACUAUUUUUGAUAAUUCCAUACACAAAAAACGUUCAUAACAUAUCUUUUUUAGUAAGUAUAUGUUUAUAUUUUUAUUCAAGGAAUAUUAUAUAAAUUACGAAAAGUAGCUCAGUUCUUUUAGUCCGAAACAAUGAUAGCACGAAAUUCUCAGUUCAUUCUUCUUACCACGUUUAUUCUCAGUGCAUUAUCAUUAUCACAAAACGUGACGUUCAAUCAUGUGAAAAUCCGAUAUGCAGCCGAAGACGACCAAUAUUUCACUGCUGGAAUAAUAUCUGAAAAUAAUCUGAAGAAUGCAUGGAACACUUCUCAAAUAACCGGAAUCGCAGUACUAGAAGGUUCACUUCCCAUUAUUUACCCAGACUCUAUUACAAAUUUUCCUGUUUUGAAGUACCUAGUACUAUCACGAUCUGGAAUCGAACAAAUCCAUCCUGGCGCUUUCGAAAAUCUCCCAGUUCUGAAAAGCUUGAAACUUUCCGAAAACAAACUAACAACCAUCGAAGCAGGAGUAUUCUCGAACUUGAAUCUGCUCUACCUCAACCUGGACCAAAACCUAAUCGAAACCAUCUCUCCUCACGCUUUUGACAACAUGACGAAACUAACCAUGUUGGAUUUAAACCGCAACCAAAUCAAAAUUUUCCACCCAGAAUGGUUGCAAGGGAAACCACUUCUUGGUACUGUGCGUUUGGGUUACAACCAGAUCGAACACCUCCCCAGUGGUGCUUUCGCCAACUACCACAAAGACGCUCAUCUUAACAAUAACAAAAUUAAGAGUGUUUCACGGGAUAUUUUUGGGUCUGAUGACAAUAUAACUUUUGGGAACUUGUGGUUUUCUCGAAACGAAAUCGAAGAGUGGAAGGAAGAUUUUGUGAAAGGUGCGAAAAUUAAAACUCUUGAUAUGUCAAGGAAUAAAUUGCAGUGUUUGGAAGGAAAGUACGAGAAUUUUUUUGUCGCUCGUCAUACUAGAAUUGAUGAUAAUCCGUGGAAUUGUGAGUGUUUUUUUAAAGUGGAAAAAUGGGCGGUUCAGCACCAACGAGAACAAGGGGUGGAUAUGGCAGUUUGUGCCAGGGUAUGCCAUGCAUCUGUUUUGCCCCCCAGGCAGUGCCGAAUGUAGUAGGUGUCCAAUUCUUCCAGGAAACUUCACAUUUUUCAAAACUGCAUUCUUGUUAGUGUACAUGUAGGUGAUAUUUUAUAUUGUAUGUACAUUCUUCACUUUCAUUAGUGAAUGAAUGAAUAACCAUAUACAUACAUAAAAUUAAGAUAUAUUG